AUGUCGCGUCGACGUAAACAGAACAAAUCUGCUUCUGAUGACGACUUAUCUCACUUCGAUGACGAUGCUUAUCAAAGCGAUGCCAGUACUGCAACAACAGCAACUAUUGCUUCGACGGCAUAUCAACAAUAUUCCAAUUCCCGUCCUGUUCGACAGAAUCUAACGUCUAACCCCAACUCUGUUCAUUUUACGAUUCCCAACCGAGUCGGAAUUAAUCAGGACGGUCAAUCAAAUCAGGUUGAUGGAAAAAAGAACGAGAAUUUGUCAGUUGAAGCUGAUGAACAGAAUGUUGGCGAAACAUUCUUUCUGGGACAUAAAUAUACCGCUCCUCUCUUAACACGCAAGCGCGUAGUGUUCUCGGCUGGCUUAAUACUUGGAUUGAUCAUUGCCUGGAUGUCUAUGGAACCUACAACCGUUAAUCAGUUCUCGACCAUUUUUCAGGACUUGGAUCUGAGCAGUAUUCUACCCGCUAACAUGCUAGUCGAUGAGAUAAUAGGAAAUAUGACAAUGUUUUUGAAACCAAAUAUUCUUGCAGAUACCGAAUUUAUGCCUGGAAUACAGUUGGCUGAAACAGGAAUAACCGCAGAGUUUCCGGUAGUAUUAAUACCAGGGAUUGUAUCCACUGGAUUAGAAAGUUGGAGCACGGCAACCUGUUCUCAAAAGUACUUUAGAAAACGAAUGUGGGGGACAACGACAAUGUUUAGGGCGGUUCUGUUAGACAAAGAAUGCUGGACAAAUCAUAUGAGACUCGAUGCCGUGACCGGGCUUGAUCCACCAAAUGUCAAAUUAAGAGCUGCUCAAGGUCUUGAUGCCGCAGAUUAUUUGUUCCCUGGCUAUUGGGUUUGGGGAAAGAUGAUUCAGAAUUUUGCAGCAAUUGGAUAUGAUUCCAAUAAUAUGAACUUGGCGGCAUACGAUUGGCGGCUAUCUUUUUAUAACCUCGAAGUGCGUGACAAAUAUUUCUCCAAACUGAAAUCAACACUUGAACUUGCAAAGAAUAAUGACGGAAAGAAGAGCGUGAUUGUUAGUCAUUCUAUGGGCAAGUACAAGACAGUGAAAAUUAACAGAAAAGAUUUGUGUACAAAUGUAUUUACUGUAAUUCGGUUAUUAGGUUCGAUGGUCACUUUGUAUUUCUUCAAAUGGGUAGAAUCCUCAUUGGGCGGAAACGGUGGACCCAAUUGGGUUAAUGAUCAUGUUGAAGCAUUUGUCAACAUCGGUGGGCCCUUGUUGGGGCUGCCUAAAGCGUUAUCAGCUCUUCUAUCAGGUGAAAUGCGGGACACGGUAGAGCUGGGUGCGUUUGGUAUCUAUGUUCUUGAACGCUUCUUUUCUCGUCGCGAGCGCGCAGAACUUUUCCGCACCUGGGGUGGCCUUUCCUCAAUGCUCCCUAAGGGCGGUGAAGGCAUAUGGGGCAAUACAACCCAUGCGCCUGAUGAUCGCUCUUACGGUUCUCGCUCCGAAUCCUAUGGUCCCAUGCUCACAUUCCGCUCUGUUCCGCGUAACGGAAACAACAGCAAAUCGAAUGAGAGUAAAAGUGGGCCGCAAUUGGUACAUAAACAUACGUGCAAUAGCGGAGUUACGUUUUUAAAACAAAACACGGAUAAACUAUUUAAUGAUAUGUUGGCAAGAAAUUAUAGCUUUGGCGUUGCUACACAGAAAAGUGAGUUUAGGGAAGCUUGGGAUCAUACCAAAUGGACAAAUCCACUAGAAUCCACUUUGCCAUAUGCACCUGAUAUGAAGAUAUACUGCCUUUAUGGAUGGGGAAAGGAAACAGAACGUAGAUAUUAUUAUUCGCAUGAGAAUGAUGGAGAUGAGAACAGUGACUGUGAGGAUUGUAAGACUGAAGUUGUUGACGAUGACGACGACGAGAAAAAACACAGAAUUAAAGAGGGUUUGGAGUUUUUGAGAAAUAUCUUUAUAGACAGUUCCAUUAAUGCUGAUACCGAAGGCUUGAAAAGCGGAGUGCAUAAUGGAGAAGGAGAUGGAACAGUGCCUUUAAUUUCUCUGGGUUACAUGUGUGUCAAAGGAUGGAAGGACAGUCUUUACAAUCCUGCCGGCAUUAAAGUAAUCACGCGAGAGUAUUACCACGAAACAGCAUCUUCAUUCGAUCUCCGAGGAGGGUCGAAAACGGCUGAUCACGUGGAUAUACUUGGAAAUUAUGCUGUAACGGAAGACGUGCUCAAAGUUGCAUCUGGCGCCGGGGAUAAGUUAACUGAUCGAUUCCACUCUGAUAUACUUCAAUAUGCCGAGAGAGUAGAACUAUCAUGA